UCUCGCGAUAUUUUCUCAGGUCCUCUCGUGCUCGCGAAGAGAACCGAAGAUCUUCGUCUAGGGUUAGGGUUAGGGUUUCGAGAAGAGAUGAGGGAGAUCAUCAGCAUUCACAUCGGCCAGGCCGGGAUCCAGGUCGGCAAUGCUUGCUGGGAGUUGUACUGCCUUGAGCACGGCAUUCAGCCCGAUGGCAUCAUGCCCAGUGAUACUACGGUUGGGAUAGCGCAUGAUGCGUUUAACACCUUCUUUAGCGAGACUGGUGCGGGGAAGCAUGUGCCCAGGGCCAUCUUUGUUGAUCUUGAACCUACUGUCAUCGAUGAAGUUCGUACUGGUACCUAUCGCCAGCUUUUCCACCCAGAACAGCUCAUUUCCGGCAAGGAAGAUGCGGCCAAUAACUUUGCUCGUGGGCAUUAUACUGUUGGGAAGGAGAUCGUGGAUUUGUGCCUUGACCGUGUUAGGAAGUUGGCUGACAAUUGCACUGGCUUGCAAGGGUUUCUGGUCUUUAAUGCAGUAGGUGGUGGCACUGGGUCUGGAUUGGGCUCUUUGUUGCUUGAACGUCUCUCUGUGGAUUACGGGAAGAAAUCUAAGCUUGGCUUUACCAUCUAUCCUUCCCCGCAGGUCUCUACCGCUGUUGUGGAGCCAUACAACAGUGUACUUUCAACCCAUUCCUUACUUGAACACACUGAUGUUGCGGUGCUCUUGGAUAACGAGGCCAUAUACGAUAUCUGCCGAAGAUCCCUUGAUAUUGGCAGGCCAACUUACACCAAUCUUAACCGGUUGAUAUCACAAAUCAUAUCCUCUCUGACCACUUCUUUGAGGUUUGAUGGUGCCAUUAAUGUUGAUGUUACCGAGUUCCAGACUAACCUUGUACCCUAUCCUCGUAUCCAUUUCAUGCUCUCAUCAUAUGCCCCUGUUAUCUCUGCUGAGAAAGCAUAUCAUGAGCAGCUCUCAGUUCCUGAGAUCACAAAUGCUGUGUUCGAGCCUUCAAGCAUGAUGGCAAAAUGUGAUCCAAGGCAUGGAAAGUACAUGGCUUGUUGUUUGAUGUACCGUGGAGAUGUUGUCCCCAAGGAUGUCAACGCAGCCGUCGCCACAAUUAAAACCAAAAGAACAGUUCAAUUUGUUGACUGGUGCCCAACUGGUUUUAAAUGCGGCAUCAACUACCAGCCACCAACAGUGGUACCCGGAGGCGAUUUGGCAAGAGUGCAGCGCGCUGUCUGCAUGAUCAGCAACAACACCGCUGUCGCAGAGGUAUUCUCCCGCAUCGACCACAAGUUUGACCUCAUGUAUGCAAAGCGUGCCUUUGUUCAUUGGUACGUCGGGGAAGGGAUGGAAGAAGGGGAGUUCUCUGAGGCACGAGAGGACUUGGCAGCCCUUGAGAAGGAUUACGAGGAAGUUGGAGCAGAGGGCGUCGACGAGGAUGGCGAAGAGAAUGAGGAUUAUUGAGUUGUCAGAGAUAUGAUGAUGCAUGUAUUCCAGCUAUUCAUUGCUGUAUUGUGUAUGUUGCUUGUUCUGUACAAACUAUGUUUGAUCUCUUUGUUUGCCUGUUAUUAUUAAGCAUUCUAUGGUUAAUUGUGUUUUUAACAUGAGAAUUCUAUUUCAGUUUGUAAUUGUA